GCAGGUAGUACGAUAAUGGUUCGAUCGCAUAUAAUGAUGGCACGCACGCUCCAAUAACUAUUCAUCUGGCAGGACCUCUGCCUCUCCUCGGGGACCCUGAACACAGCGAAAUCACACAAUAUUUGAUGAGUGGGGUGCCUCAGAUAUUAGAUUUGCACAACCCAUCCUUGAAACCUACAAGGAUCGUCCUCAUCACCGUACACUGAUCCACAGAUUCACCUACCAUAUCCGCGGUUGAGAAGCCCGACUUGAUAUACGAUUACUAUAGCUUUCCUUCCGGAAGCUUAUAAUUUCAAUUAUUCUGGCAGAGGCGACCCUCAAAUUGCUAACGAAGUAAUUCAAGCGCUAGAGAAGGAAGGAAUUAUGAAUACUUCGCUUGACAGCACACGAGGAUGAGAUAAUAGCGGUUAUGUGCCCAUGAUACUUGUCAACCCAGAAGCAAACUUGCCCAUUCUGCAGAUGUCAGUGCUCAAGAGUGAGGACGCAAAGCAACAUCUGCGCAUCGGCCGGGCUCUCCGAGCUCUGCGGAAUAAAAAUGUGGCUAUCGUGGGCUCCGGGUUCGCCUCUUUCCACAACCUCAAUACUAUGAUACCAUUACGCAGCGCCAGCUCGGACAGAAGAAGCGAAAUUCGAGAGAUGUCUAGUGAAUGGAGUGACGCGCUUUGGAAGUCACUCUCGGUACCCAAAACGGAACAGAAAUGUGAGGCAUUGGAAAAAUGGAGGCAUUUACCUUUCGCUGGCACUAUGCAUCCACCGUCACGAGGUGAUCAUAUGAUGCAGUUAUUUGUGACCGCGGGCGCGGCCUUCGAUGAAGAACCCGUGAAGUAUUACAAAGAUGAGUACCUGGCCGUAAACAUCCUCACAUACUACUGGGGCGAUCAGGGAUCGUCAUGAUAUAAGACUACGUACCGCUUUUCUUUACUGGCUAUCUGCAACUUGCUCAAGGGGAUCAUUUUGAGAGUAAUCAUAUAUUAUACAAUUUUAAGCGAUGGAUCAUGUUGCUUCGAAUAAUGUGGAUGUCGGCAAGAACGCCUAGUAAGUAUUUAGCUCAGCUGAAAUUUCAGGGUUGAUCAGCUCUAGAUGCUCUAGGUUAGCUUGGAUGGCUAAUCCACCAUGCGAUUCGGUUCCUCUUCUGAUUUGACAAAGGUUGUCACACAUGCCAGACGCAAAGGAGUUACAUGCGCUUCCCAUCACAGC